AUGACUGAAGAAAACCCUAACACUUGUAGAGAUAUCAUCACCAGAAAAGACCCACCAAACUCUCAACCAUCUUAUGUCUUUAGCAUCAGAAUACCUAGGUUGUUGGCCAAGACAAUGCAGAGAAGAAUCGAUGGUUGUGCAACUGAGCACAAUGAUGAUCAUACCAAGGCCAAGAAGGAAAGGGUUAUCAAGCCCAAAGACCUUCCUGAGACGGUUGGCCUUUUCUUCUCUAGCGUCUUUGGUAAGAAGAAAUCACCCAAGGCUUCCUCUAAGGUCCACAAAAAUGGUGAUGGUUAUCAAAGUGACUUGGCAGAGACAGAUGCUGUUGUAUAUGAUGGAGAUCAGUCUCUUUUGGAGAUUGAAGAAGAAAAGGAAGAAAAGCACGAGAAGCCAACGAUGGAAACGAGAGAAAACAAACCGGGCAGGGAAGCAGAUAAGUAUCUGAAAGUGUCAUUUCCUUUCUUGAGCUUUCUUAGUAAGUAUACCAGUCUGAACUUCUUCAGAGAUAAAAUCAACACUGGCAAUGGAUGGAACCAUACAAGAUGCAACAGUAUUGCUAUUAGAGCCUGCAACAUUGCCGAUCCUGCUAAAACAACCGAUCAUACUGUGAUUAGAAGACAGGAAACUAGCCAUAACCUGCCUAGUGGUGUUGGCAGGUCCGAUACUCUGACUGGAAGACAGGAAAGCGGCAGCAACUUGCCUACGAAUCCAUCAAGGAUACUCACUACCCGUCUGAAGUUGAAGACGGUUUCAUUCGUGGGAAAGACUACGAGGAGCCAAAUCAGAGGAAAAUCAGAAACAGUCAGGGAGGAAAGCAGAGAAGAAUGUGGUGAGGAGCUUUGCAAGAAGAGGAUUUUAAUGGGGGAGAAAUGCAAGCCACUCAAUCUUUCUGGCUCCCUUCAUUACGAUAAAGAUGGCAUUUUGAUGCCCGAGGCAUAG